UCUAACGGUCAACAGCUGUUAUGGCGCUUAACUGUUACAUGCCUCACAUUGCAUAAAGUUGAAUAUUAAACUCUUAAAAUCUAUAGUUCGUAUCUAGUUUAAAAUCCCGUUGCUACGUUAUUUGAAAAUGUCGUUUAGUAAAGCAAAAAUCCAACGAUUCAAUGAUGUGAAAAAAAAAGACAUUUUCGCUGCCGUUCCUGGAACAACACGUCCUGUCUCUGAAAAAACAAAACUCAAAACAAAAGUUGAAAAAGCAAAUCAUUGCAACCAGGCUUUGGACAAGGCAAAAUCUGAUACUGCAUCAUCUCAAAGUGUUCCAUGUUUUCGAACACCACAAUUAUUACGAAAAAAACCAAAAUUAACUACAAAUCAAACUUCGAAAGCAAAAUCUACCGAAAUUUUCAAUAACGAGCAAAACUUAGAAGCACUAAAAGAAAAAAUAGUCGAGUGUGAAAACAAAGAUUCUUACAUCAAAGAUCUCACUCAGCAACUAGAAGAUUUUAAAAUAAAAAUCAAUAGAAUAGAAAAUGAAGCACGUGGUAUUAACACAGAAGAAGACAGGUUCGAACAAACAAUUGAAAAUUUGAAAAAUGAACAUGAAAAUAAAAUUAAAAUUAUGCAAGAAGAAUUUAGAUUGAGAUUAUCUGAUACCAUUUCUAUAAAAGACAAAAUUACAAUGCAGUUAUUAGAGUUAAAAGAAUCGGUAUUAUCUUAUAACACAGAAAUGAAAGAUUUAAAAUCAAAUAUUUCACAAAUACCAAACUUUUAUGAAAAAUAUUUCGAAAAAUACAGAAUAACAAUAAACCAAAAACAAGCUGACAUUGACGAAAAAGAAAACCUUUUGAAAAUAUUAGAACAGAACACAAUAGAAAUGCAGAAGCAACAUUCUCUUGAAACCGAAAAAUUAAUGGAAGAACAACAAAUAGAAAUGCAAGAUCUUGAAUUUGAAAUGUUAAAGACUAUGACUGAGCUUCAAAAGGAAAAGGAAGUAUGUGCUAAUAAAAUUAAAGAAACUGAAGAAGAAAUGAUGAAGAAGGUUUCUGAACUGAGAAAUAUUUUUGAAAGCGAUAAGGAAAAAAUUGUUUUUGAAUCUGAGAGUAAACUUAAACAGAUGGAAGAAAUUAUGCAAAAAUCACAUUUUAAUACUGAAAAGGAAAUUGAACAAAAAAUUAAUAAAUUAGAAAACGAAUGGAAAAACAAAUUAAUAUUACAACAAAGACAAUCGGACGACAUUCUUAAAGAAUGUCAGGCUAUAAGCGAGUACAACAUCAUACAAUGUGAAGUUGAGAAAAAUAAUAUCACGAAAGAACUUAAAGAAAACGCCGAAGAACUCAAAAGACUUAAAUUGAACUAUGGUGAGACGCUCGAAAAUUUUAACCAAUUAAAAAAUACGUAUAAAGAACUUAAAAAGGAACUAAACUUAAAAAAAGAACAACUAGAUGUUAUAAAAAAGGAGUUACAGAAUGAAAUUCUAGACUACAAAAAACAAUUAAAUCAAGCCUUAAAGGAGAAAGUUGCGUAUGAGUAUACAAUAAAAAACUCACAAGUUACUAUAGAUGUUUUAAAACGGAGACUAAUUCAUUCUGAUAAAGACGUAGAGCAACUCAAGGAAGAACUAGCAGAAUGUGAGAAAAGGCUUCUACAAUACGAACAAAAAAAUUUGCAGCUAACUUCAGAUUUAACACAAGCAAAACUUUUUAACGAGGAACUAGAAAUGCAGUUUGAAUCCAGUAUCAAGCUAAAUUGUACAGAUAUUGACAACAUGAGUGAACAUUUAUUAAAAGAAGUUAAUGAUUAUAAAAGAGAGGUAAUUAAAUAUAAAAAUCAGAUUAAAGGGGAACAGAAUUUAAAAAAGGAAAUAAUACAACAACUUCAUGAUGCUUAUGACAUGAUUAAUAAACUUAAUAUUGAGUUUGAACAAGCCGAAAAUAAUUGUUCACAAUUUAAAUUUGAGGUGGAGCAAUCUCAAAACGAGUUAGAAGAUUAUCACAUGAGAGAAAUGGACUGGAAUAUUAUCAAAGAUAAGUUGGAAUACACAAUUAAAGAAUUAGAAGACUUAUUAGAAACUAAAGUUUUGGAAGUUAAUAUUAUGAAAAAGGAAAUGGUACAUUUUAAAGAAAACACUUAUUGUAACUGCGAAUCUUCGGAAUAUUAUCAACAAAAGGUUAAGGAAUUAGAAGACGAUCAGAAAGAAACGGGGAAUAUCCAUAAAAGAUACAUAGAAAUGUCCGGUAAAUACGAUGUUUUGGCGUGGAAAUAUGAAGAACUGGAAGCUGAAAAUUUGCAAAACAGAAUGAAAUUAAUGAAACUCUCUGACGACCAAGCUGAUAAACAAGCCUUAAAGGAAAAAUACGAUAACCAAGUUACAAUAUGCAACGAAUUAGAAAACAAUAACGAAGAUUUGAAAGAAGAAGUUGAGCGAAGAUUGAAGGAAGAGUCAUCAUUAAAAGAAGAAUUUACAAAACUGAAAGCAGAAAGAGAUGCACUUUUAAAUAAAUGUCAACUAUUAGAAAGCCAGUUAAAACAGCAAACCUUGGAAAACGAAAACAAACAGCGUACACCGAAAAAGUCCAAAAAAUUUAUAGACGAAGAAAACUAUUCUGAUACAAAAAAAUGGAUAAAAAAAUCCAAACACCCGAAAGAUGACAAGGAAAAUCUGAGUAGUCCUAAUAGGACGCUAAACUCACCGUUAAGGGAAAGAAACUAAAAGACUUCUAUUAUUUUAUUUAUAAGCUUUUAUAAAUGGUGUUUUAGACAAUGAAAAACUACACUAGGUACUACUGGAAACAUUCCAUUGUUGUAAAUUGUUAGGGGUUAGUCGUGUUGACACCGGUGAAAAAUACAAUUUUUAAUUAACAAUAAUUAGUCAAGUAUAUCCAUUGGAAGUAAACGCACUCUUAGCUUGAUUGCUUGAAUACAAACAUAUUAUGAAUAGAACUGGAUGAAACUUUUUCUGGAAAAUUUUAUUACAAUAAUUUUUUUUCUGAAUUUAACUCCGCCCAGUAAACAUUUACAGAUUUUUUGCAAGUACAACUGCUAUUCACAUGCUAUUUAUGACGUAAAAUAUGCAUUUGUAAUAUACGGCAUAUUCUUCGCAUAUACGAAGGAUAUGAAAAAUUCCCUACUUGUCCAGCUUCUUUUAUUGUUCUUACAUAAUGCACUUAAAUAGAUUCUGUUCAAAUUUUAAAAUAUGCAUUUAAUGUUACAUUCUAGAUUACACAUACAAAUAGCCCAAGAGCCCACUGCAAAUUUUUACCGUCAUCUGAUAACUAAAUGAAAUAUACCCCAAAAGCAUGGAAAAACAUUGUACUUAACCAAAUGGCACCUAUCCCAAUCCUGAGCAAAGUGGCUUAAAAAAAUUAUUUUAUAUUAAAAAAUCAGAUAAGGCAUGACAGCACUAAUUUUGUUUGCCCUUAAAGUUUUCCAGAAAAUAACAUUUAUAUAUAUCGUUAUUAAAGGGAAACAUUUUCUUCUUCUUAACAUCGCAUAAAAACAUCUAUCCACGAUUAGUAGGUAAAUAUCAUUAAAAAUAUGAAUCAAUGUUUGCUGAUUUAAAAAUUUAUUUGUAUGCCUCUUAUUGUGAUUCAUUUUUACAAGUUGCCAUAGAAACGACAAAAAGACUACUAUGAUUAUGGUUUAAAAUAAUUGUCUAACAAGAGUUUAUAAUUAUUAUUGACUAUCUCUGCAAAUGGUUUAUACAAUACCAUCCUUCUUCCUUUCAUACAUACACAUGGUUUAAAAGGUAGGUAAAAAUAUUAAUAAUUCAUGUUUAAAAGCUAGGUUCACAAUGAAUUAGGAUUGUAA